AUGCCGAGCAUUGCCUCAAUCGUGGCGAGCCUAGGUGGUGCACAUUAUUUUACCACUCUAGAUGCUAGCCGCGGUUACCUGCAAGUGCAGAUGGAGCCAAGGGACGCGGAGAAAACCGCUUUCACCUCACAUAGAGGCUUGUACGAGUUCACUCGCAUGCCCUUUGGCUGCUCGGGCGCUGCAGCGACUUUCCAGAGAUUGAUGGACAGAGUUCUCGGAAGGGCAAAAUGGCAAUACGCCCUAGCCUACCUAGACGAUAUUGUCCUCUUCUCUCGCACCUUUGAGGAACACCUCCGCCACUUGGAGGACAUCCUCGGAAGGCUGCACGCUGCCGGGAUCACUCUGAACCCGAAGAAAGCUCAGAUCGCAGAGACCCGUGUCUCACUGCUGGGCUUUACAAUAGAGCGAGGCCGUGUUUUGCCGAGCGAGGACAAGGUCCGAGCUAUCCACGAGUACCCAACGCCGGCUAACAUACAGGCCCUCAGACGCUUUUUGGGCAUGGUGAAUUACUACCGCCAAUUUGUGCCCAACUGCGCCGCUCUACAGGCUCCCUUGACCUCGUUGUUGAGGAAGUCUACAAGCUGGAGCUGGGGUCCGGAGCAAGAUGAUGCCUUCAGGGCUCUCUCUAAAGCUCUUGUGGACACAGCCGAGCUGAAGCUGCCCGACCUGAACAGGGAGUUCGUAGUCCAAGCUGACGCGAGCGACCUGGGUAUAGGUGCGGUGCUGCUCCAAGAACAUGAGGACGUUCUUCGGCCAGUGGCCUUUGCCAGCCGGUCGUUGACGCCCGCAGAGCGUAACUAUUCCGUGACCGAACGUGAGUGUCUAGCGAUAGUGUUCGCUCUGCGUAAGUUCGAUCACUACGUCGACGGAGUGCCUUUUGUUGUUGAAACGGAUCACAUGGCACUUACCUGGCUGAAGCGCUUGCGCGAGCCCUCAGGCCGCCUCGCGCGCUGGGCAUUGACGUUACAGCGCUACAACUUUGUUGUUCGCUAUCGGAAGGGGAGCACAAACGUUGUGGCCGACGCCUUGUCGCGCGCCCCCGUUUCAGACCCGGACACCUUUGACCGGCACCCCUCCGCGACAACGCUUCUGAACGAAGCCGGAGCCCUUGUCUCCAAUGGCACGGAAGGAGCGAGUUCAGGCGGCUGUGCGGCCUAUAAGCCGCCGUCGCCGGGCGAAAGGGCGUACCUGCUGGACCCUGUAACGUCCAUGGGUAUCACAUUCAGCAGACGGGAGCUGCUGGAAGCUCAGCGGAAAGACCCAUUUUGUCAGCAAAUCGCUGACGAGCUCGAAAAAGAGCACAGCUCCGAAAGGGAGCGAGGAGGCAACGCCGAUGGGCGCAAAUUGACAGCUGGUAUUGCUGUUGGCGCCGGGUGCGACGCAGCUGGUAUUGCUGCAGGCACGUUGGAUUCGUAUCUGCUGGAUGCUGAUGGAGUGCUCCUGCGCUAUAUCCCAUCUGAAGAGGCUCCUAAUGAGUCCUUUAAGGUGGUGAUACCCCGCAGUCUACGGAGGGCCACGUUGAGCUAUUUCCAUGACUCGCGGUUGGCCGGACACGCGAGUGGCCGUAAGACUUAUAUUAAGUUGAGCCGCUCCGCAACCUGGCCAGGCAUGAAGCGUGAUGUACUUCAUUAUUCUCGCUCGUGCCGCGUGUGUCAGACUGUGAAGCCCCGUGGUGGCAAACCCCCCGGCCUCAUGCAGCCGAUCGACAGCCAGCUACCCUGGCAAAUCGCGGCCUGUGACGUUAUGGGACCUUUCCCAAGAAGCCGGCAAGGUCACACAUUCCUACUGGCCGUCACAGAUCAUUUCACGAAGUGGGUGGAACUAUUUCCCCUUCGGAAGCUAACGGCACGCGUCAUAUGGGACAAGUUGCUCGAGGUAUUCACCCGCUUUGGCUUUCCGGCGGAGUUGAUCACUGACAACGCGUCCUAUUUCACGGCCAAGGUGUUCGUCGAUGUCUGUGCAGCCUUUGGCAUAAAGCACCGCAAAACAACGACUUAUCAACCUCAGGCCAAUCCCACCGAGCGGAUGAACCGAAAUGUGAAGCCCUUGCUCGCGGCCUUUGCCCAGCAACACAGGGACUGGGACGCCUGUCUCCGCGAGAUAGGUUUCUCUUUGCGCACAUCGGUGAACCGUUCGACUGGGUACACGCCCGCUUUCCUCAAUUUCGGGAGAGAGCUGCCAAACCCUAUGGAUCGCGUUCUGCGAACCGGCAGCGGGGCGAGCGCCGUUGCGUCGGGUCUCUCCGACUACGCGGUGCAAGUGCGCGCUAGGAUGAGCGAGGCCCUUUCUCAUGCCCGCACCAACCUGGCGAAAGCACACGCUGGACAAAAAGCACAAUACGACCGGUCGCAUAGAGAGGUACAUUAUCAAGUAGGUGACCUCGUCCUCAGGCGCAAUCAUGUGCUGAGUGACGCAACAAAGGGCAUCUCAGCCUCUCUGUCGGCCAAGUGGUCGGGCCCAUACCGAGUGGAGACCAAAAUGUCGCCUCUUGUGUAUAAGCUGGUGGACUCAAACGGUAGACCAUCCGGCGGUCCAGUGAACGUUUCUGACCUCAAACCUUUCGUUGCCAGAAGCAGCAACUGGGAAGAGGAAGAGACACAGCAAGCGCAACCGAGCAAGACGGCGGAUCUCAAUCCGCGCACUCGCCGGUAUAACUUGCGAAAACGCUCUUAG